AAGCGCGUCUCUUCUUGAAGCCUCCUCGCGACGACAGCUCAACAGGAAAAAAGAAUGGAAGAAAAAGUGGGCAAAUUUUAAUCAAAGUUUUUUUUUUCUCGUGCUGGACCGAUUAGCAUUUCCCGUAGCGGCUUUCGGGAGUGUCCGCAAGUUCCCGGGGUGGAGUGUUUUAGGCGGCCAUUGCGCGCGUUCCUUCAACAAAAUUGUACGUAUUGUGGAAAAAAGUUUCGAGCGCGAUGUGAAAAAACGCGAACCGCCGCAGAACACCAGCCGAAACUUGCAGGAGGAGGAGGAGAAGGUGGCAACGGGGACGGGAGUGUGUAGUGUCAAGAAAUCGAUUCCCGCGGGUGAAAAAGUUUGAAAGUUGCGGUGGAACCUCGCGCGGAGGGACGUCGUGUCCUAGAUUUGGACCAGAGGGAAACUGCGCAAGUGACCGGGGUCCGGGGACGUGGAAGAAUUGUACAGAUAAAAAGCUGGCCGUGACUCAGUGUGUUGUUUUUGGGGGUUUGUGAUGUCCGCAGCUGGAAGUUCGUCACCGGGUAGCAACAGCAACAAUAACAUUACCAGCAGCAGCAGCGGGGACGUGGCCAGCAGCCAGGAGCAGCAGCGCCGAAGUUCGUCCGGCGGCGGCGGAGGUGGUUCCGGUGGUCGGACACCACGCAAACUGACCGUCGGUAGCAGCAGUUCGACGUCCACAUCGGCCGGAAGCAACGGAACGUCCGCCACCAGCAGCACCGCGACCUGCAUCUGGUGCGGCGAGGCCAAAACUCCGCUCAAGUACGUCCUGCCGACGCAGAACGGCAAGAAGGAGUUUUGCUCGGAGACGUGCAUCCUCGAGUUCCGCAAGGCGUACAGCAAGGGCGCCUGCAUCCAGUGCGAUAAUGUGAUACGAGCGAACGCGCCCAAACCCAACUUUUGCUCGACGUUCUGCAUGAAGAAGCACCAGAAGAAGGCGCUGGCCGCGGCGACCGGUACCGCUCCGCAGUCGCCGUCGGACGCGAGUGCGAGUCCUUCGUCGACCUCGGUGGCGCCGACGGCCACCGGCAGCAGUCCCAAGAUAAAUGGAAACAACAAUAACAACGGUAGCACCAGCAGCAGCAACGGGGCUGGAAGUAAUGGCAAUGGAACCGGCAAUGGUAGCAGCACCCGGAGGAGUAAUGGAAAUAAUUCACCCGGCAGUGAGCCAGCGGUGCCCACCAGGAUUAGUCCGGUCAGCACCACCACCACGACCGGUCCCUUCCAGUACGAAAGCUUUCACGUGUUCGACUGGACCGAGUACCUGCGCGAUUCGGGCAGCGUCCCGGCGCCGGCCGAGUGCUUCAAGCAGGCCGUCGUGCCGCCUUCGAACGAGUUCAAGAUCGGCAUGAAGCUGGAAGCGCUCGACCCGCGCAACGUCACCUCGACCUGCAUCGCCAGCGUGGUCGGAGUGCUGGGUUCGCGGCUACGGCUCCGGCUCGACGGCAGCGACAACAAGAACGACUUCUGGCGGCUGGUCGACUCGAACGAGAUCCACCCGAUUGGGCACUGCGAGCAGACGGGCGAGAUGCUGCAGCCCCCGCUCGGCUUCCGGAUGAACGCCAGCAGCUGGCCGACGUUUCUGCUCAAGACGCUGAACGGGGCCACGAUGGCACCGGCGCACGUCUUCAUGCCGGAACCGCCCACGCCCAAGUGCAAUUUGUUUCAGGUUGGCCAAAAGUUGGAGGCCGUAGAUAAGAAGAAUCCGCAGCUGAUUUGCUGUGCAACGGUGGACGCGGUCAAGGAGGAUCAGAUCCACGUGACGUUCGAUGGGUGGCGAGGUGCGUUCGAUUACUGGUGCCGGUACGAUUCGCGGGAUAUCUUCCCGGUGGGUUGGUGUGCCAGAAGUUGCCAUCCGAUGCAGCCGCCAGGUCAGAAGAACAAAAUGGACGGCAGCAGUACCCGCUCGAAGGGAUCGCGUUCGUUUGCCAUGAUCUCCGAACCGGACUCGAUGAUGCCGGCAAGCCCAGUGACGGCACAUUUCCACAGUCGGUGCAAGGGCGGCCCGCUGAUCAAUUGCUCCAAGCUUCCGGCGAUGUUGACGGCACCGAAUCAUCACACGCUGGCGAAGAUCUGCAUUCAGGCAGUGCUGGACGCUUCCAAGGAUCACUCGCAGCUGUCUCCACUGUUGUUUGCCCUCGAGGGAGAGGUUCACAUCGUGCAGGCCGCCGGCAAGAACUUCACCGUCAAAAUCCCUGCCUACAUCCGACAGAAGGAAAACAACGGUCUGUCGCAGUUUCUGGAGAUCCUGUGCACGACAUGCAGGGCAUGCAGUCACUUGAUCACGCUGGAACCCGGCCCGGAACAGUGCGACGAUUGUUUGGUACACUCACCCCCGCUGAAGAGACCCAUCAAAACCGAACCAACCGUACGAUCGGCGAGUCCACCGCCGACAGCUGCGUCCUCACCGAAGGCCGCAGCAACCUCGCGGGAAUCCCAGCAACAACAGGACCAUCCCCGAAGUCCAUCGCCCAAGCGGAAAGCGGUCGAGCAGCAGACGGCAACGUCAACCACUAACAACGAACCAAGUUCGUCCUCGCCGCCACCACCCUCGUCUCCCGUGGCCGCCAGCGUCAGCGUUGCCACCGUUCAACCGACGCCGUCAUCCACGAUGGUCGUGCCACCGCUGGCCACGUUGACCGCGCCUACCCCACCCAGCAUCGCGGUCAAAACGGAGUCCAACGCUCCGGCAGCUGCCGCCGCAAUCGCCGCCGCUUCCUCGUCAGCGUCCGCUCUAUCCCCCGCUCAGGCCACCACCUCUCCGGCGGCGACUCACGUAACGCCCACAGCGAACAUCGCCCCCGUACCGACACCCCCCGCAGUCCCAACACCCCCCUUGCUAGUCACCGCUAGUACGAUUAUCCCGCCCGCCCUGGCCCCGAUUCCCUUCGGUUCGGCGUCCUCGUCGGCGGUGGCGGCGGCGCCAGCGGUCGUUAUACCGACGAUAAGCGUCGCUACCGCGACGACGACGCCUCUCGCAAUUCCCAACACGAUGGUUCCGGCCGCGGGAACCGGCACUUCGACGGUGGCGACGGCUGUGGUCACGCCGGCGGCGGUGCCACAGAUGCCACGCGGACAAACCAGUGACUGGACGAUUGAGGAGGUGAUACACUUUAUCGCGGCGCAGGACCCGUCGCUGGCGGUGCACGCCGAUCUGUUUCGGAAGCAUGAAAUCGACGGUAAAGCGCUUCUGCUGCUCAACAGUGACAUGAUGAUGAAGUACAUGGGCCUGAAGCUGGGCCCGGCGCUGAAAAUCUGCAACCUGGUCAGCCGAGUGAAGGGCCGCCGGCACAACAUGUCGUCGAUGUAACCGGCCUUAUUUUGUACUAUUAUUUUCCCUUCCUCCCCUCCCUACUCUCCCCAUUCCUAAUUUUAUUUGGUUAAUUUCCAAAAUUUCCCGCCUCCUUCCUACCUCUCAUUGUUUGUAGGUUUUACGUUUGCUGACUAUAAUGUAUCCAAAUUAUAGCGAUUUACAAAAAAAACUUUAACAAACAGAUAUCCCCGAAAAAUACAAGAAAACUCGAUGCAACGUGGAUUGCGGAACACAGUGUGAGAUAAUUUAUGAUUACAAACAAAGGCAUCGCAGUUGAACAGAAUAAGAUGAAGAGAAGGAAAUUCACGUUAAACUAGUGGUAAGGCAUUAUAGCGUAAGACAGAUCGCCGGAGGCGAAUAUUUGUAUCAGCGCUAUUGUUUUUUAAAACUAUUUUCUUGUAGAUUUUUUCCUUUCUUUUGUCAAAAUAUUGGGUAGCAAUGCAAGAAAGGUAAAUAAAAUAAAUGAGUGCUUAUAAUGGUUUAGUUUACCAUAGAAAGAAUUAUUUACAUUCAACGAGACGUGGUUGUUUCUUGCUACAUUUAUUCAGGUGUAAACAAUAUUCUUAAAGCAUCAUUUACAGCAAGUAGAACGGCAUCAAAAUACAAAACUACACCACAGCAAAGAAUAUUUAUUCAACAUUGCACGAAAACAAUAAAUCUGAAAUAACGAUGUCUAACAGAGUAAAAGCAGAGCAUAGAAGAAGUAUCCAAACAAUACCUUUAUUACACAACGAUACACACACAAAACACACUCAUUCUAACAACUCAUAAAGCAGUACAGUACUAAUCAAACAGCAGUUAGCCCUUAACUACAACACAAGUGUAUGACCUAAUAAUUCUCCGUAUCAGAAAACAGAACUUGAAUAUUCACAUCAGUUGUUGCAUUAGGUGUAUAAGAAACACACAAUAAUUGUUUUCCCCUUCCUCCUCUUUCUUUACCUUUCACUUUGCAAAAAUCAAAACAUUUCAACUCUAGUAACAAUGUUUAUUCCGAAACACACACACACACCUGCAAUAACAACAAUUUAUCAACACCCAAUCGUUUUGUGUUUCAUCGGUCAGGCCAUAGAGAAAAACGCUUUGUUUGUCAUUUUACAGAGAAAAAAAAUAGUUUUAAAAAAGGGAUUUCAGCCUCACAUCAUGCAUUUCGCAAUAGUCACAGUUAAAUAGUACGGUAGCACCUGGACAACAACAAAAAAAAAACAUCAAUUUUUCCCUUAUUUCGAGUGGAAUCUUUCAGCUAGAAACCUGAACAAAAUGUGAGACAGACAAACAAACAAAAAAAGUAGAUUUGUACAGUUAAUGUAUCAAAGUGGCAGUCGAUAAAAGGAAAAUUACUGAUAAAAUAAAGAAGAAAGACCCUAGGAAGAACACAGAACACAAAAAAUCAAAAACUUUUCACAAAAAGCCAUCCACUGGAAAUAUCUCAACACACGCUCUGUGAAAUCCUUCCUCCUUUCGCGACACGGACUGUCGGAUGUUGUGGAACACGUGGAUACAAAACGAUAUCAAAUAGAGACAGAUGUUUUUUGUGAUGUUUGUGGAAAAUUA